CUGUGAGCCCAGUAAGUAAAUACAAACAAACGCGGACGCACACGAAGUCACUUGGCCAUUAUCUGUGACUCACUGUUCUAUAUCAAUGUACGUGAAGUUGCCUAGCUCUGGUAGUAUCUACCACGCUAAUAUCGAACGGACGCGUGGAAUUGUGAGUUUUAUGAAUUGACAAAACAUGGUGUGUAGUAUCACAGAAUAAUAAUAAGUGUAGUAUCCCCAAACUUUGACGUUGAAAACUGGUUCUUUAAUCGCAACGUCAUUAUCAGAUAACUCAUAGAGGAACCGGCAAGUAACUAAAACGUGGCGUAACUGGUGACUCAAUAAAUAAAGUCAACUCAGUGACCGAGUCAGUUCAGUUGUACGAGAUAUCUCAAGCGACGAUGUUUUUGUUAGCUUUGUUCUUAGUUAAUGCUUGCAUAUAUUUUUUGUUUGUGAUAUAUUGCAGGCUAACUUGGGGAAUUAAUAAAUGUAGUAGACAUCUAGUGGGGAAAGUGGUCAUAGUUACCGGCGGAAAUAACGGCAUAGGAUUCGAAGCUGCGAAGGAUUUAGCCGAGCGAGGUGCUAAAGUGAUUUUGGCCUGCAGAAAUGCGGACAGAGGAACGAGAGCUAGGGAUAAAAUCAUCAAAGAGACUGAAAAUAAGGAGGUCUACUUCAAGCCAUUGGACUUGGCUUCAUUUAAAUCGGUGAAAGCGUUUGCUGAAGAUAUACUGAAGAAUGAGAAGCGCCUGGACAUUCUUAUCAACAACGCUGGAAUGUUUGGAAGCGGACACUCGACCACGGAGGACGGGUUACUGCUGGACAUGCAAACGAACCAUUUCGGGCCAUUCCUGCUGACAUCACUCCUGCUGCCUCUACUCAAGUCCAGCGCACCCAGCCGCAUCGUAAACGUGUCGUCGAUGGCUUAUUCCUUUGCUGAUUUGGAUUUAGACAAUCUGAACUUCGAUCAUGGGAAGUAUAGCCCAUACAAAGUUUACGGUGCAACGAAGCUGUGCAACGUUUUAAUGACAGUUGAGUUAGCAGAGCGUCUCAAAGGCACCGGCGUGACUGUGAACAGCUUGCACCCCGGCGUAAUUUAUACAGACAUUGCGCUGAAUGUUCCACUAGCAAAGUAUGCUUUUAUUCUGUUCAGACCAUUCUACAAAACGCCGUGGCAAGGGGCGCAGACCACCACCUAUUUAGCUGUGUCACCCGAAGUGCAGAAUGUUAGCGGGAAAUACUUCGUCGACUGCCGCGAAAAGCCUACGACAGAAUUAGCUGGAAACUCCGAAACAGCUCGGAAAUUGUGGGAGAUCUCGGAAAAACUAGUGCAUAUUAAACAAUGAAAUAAUUACCUUUCAUCAUCGUCAUUUCAGCCAUAGGACGUCCACUGCUGAACUUAUGCCUCCCCCAAUGAUUUCCAUAAUGACCAGUUGGUAGCGACCUGCAUCCAGCGCCUUCCUGCUAACUUUUUGAGGUCAUCGGUUCACCUUGUGAGACGUCCUAUGCUUUUUGUACCUUUAAGCAUUAAUAAAUUAUUUGAUAUCUAAGUAGGAUUUUGAGUAUGAAAUGCGUUCGCUAAAUGUAUGUUCGUUUAAUCUAUGUGUAAUAAUAAAAGAUAAGGAAUAUCAGAUUAUUUAUCAAUUCGCCUUUUAA